AUGGGUACGUCAAGUUCCCCUAUGCUCGUCAACAAGAGCGUCCCAGGUAUACCAUAUUUCACCCCUGCCCAUGCUGCGGAUCCGGGUGCGCCGUUCACUGCAUCUCCUGAUACCCCGACACUCUUCACCCCUCUAAGGAUCCGUUCCAAGACACUGCGCAACCGCAUAAUAGUGGCACCGAUGUGCCAAUACUCCACGGCUUCUUCGGGUCCAGAUAUUGGCAAACUCACCGACUAUCACAUUGCAACGCUAGGCCAUUACGCCCUGAAGGGAGCGGCUUUAGUCUUCAUUGAAGCAACGGGCGUGCAGCCGAAUGGACGAAUUAGCCCCAACUGCCCUGGGCUGUGGAGUGACGCGCAGACUGAAAGCGUCAAACGCGUCUCAGACUUUGUCAGGUCGCAGGGUGCCCUGUCCGGGAUCCAGUUAGCUCACGCCGGACGAAAGUCAAGCACUAUGCCGCCGUGGCUGGCAUCAUCUGUCAAGAGGCCGUCUGUCCGCGCGGACAAGGAUGCCGAUGGAUGGCCAGACGAUGUGGUAGGACCGAUGGGCGGGCCAGAGGAGAGCUGGGAUGGCAAAGGAUUAUCGCAGGACGGCGGCUUUUGGCCUCCGAGGCAGUUGAGUGUGGAGGAGAUCCAAGGCGUCGUCAAAGCAUUUGCAGAGAGCGCGCGCAGAGCCGUGGAAGCCGGCAUCGAUGUUAUUGAAAUCCACGCUGCGCAUGGCUACCUGAUACAUCAAUUCCUGAGUCCCAUCACAAAUAGGCGCACCGACCAGUACGGCGGCAGCUUUGAGAAUCGCACACGCAUGCUGGUUGAGGUCAUCAAAGCUGUCCGGGCACAGAUACCACAAGAUAUGCCUCUGUUCUUGCGGGUCAGUUCCACGGAGUGGAUGGAGGAGACGGACUUGGGCAAGCAGCUCGGAAGCUGGGAUGUGGAAAAUACGAUGAAACUGGCUCGUCUACUUCCUGGGUUGGGGGUGGAUCUUCUCGACGCCAGCAGUGGCGGGAAUCAUCCUCGGCAGCGCAUCAACAUGUUUUCGUCCAAGGACUAUCAGACCAAGAUCGCGCACCAGAUCCGGCAGAUGAUGAAGGCAAACAACCUGAAGUUGCUGAUUGGCGCUGUGGGCCUGAUCACGGAAGCCGAGCAGGCAAGAGAUAUUGUUGACGACAAAGGAUCGGACAAGAGUAUCGGAGAGGAAGCCAACGCCGCAAACGAGAUGACAGAUGCUAAAGGUGGCAAGGAGCCUAUGGCAGAUGUUAUUCUUGUGGCGAGACAAUUUAUGAGAGAGCCGGAGUGGGUGUUGAAAGUGGGUUGGAAGUUGGGUGUUGACGUCGCCUGGCCCAGCCAAUUCCUAAGAGUGAGGUUUCCGAAGCUCUUCACCCCCGACAUUGUUCUGCGGGUCAGCGUCGACACUGUCCAGCUCAACUGUCAGCCUCGUCUCUCAACGCUGGUCAACGGCACAUAUCCAGCACCCCCCAUAUAUCUCGAGCCCGAGCGAACAACAUGGAUUCGGGUGUACAACGACGCGAACCAUUGGCAUGGUCUCUCACUGGCUGCGGCGCCCUUUGCUGACGGGGCACCAUUGGCUUCACAAUGGCCAAUUCCUCCUGGACAUUUCUAUGAUUACGAGCUCCAUCCCAGCGGUAGCGAAGCUGGAACGUCCUUCUAUCAUUCGCACGUGGGCUUCCAAGCCAUCACAGCAUCGGGGGCAUUGAUUAUAAAGGAUGCUAUGCCUCCGCCAUAUGUUUACGACGAUGAGAUUAUUCUGAAAAUCGGCGACUUUUACCCCGAGGACGAUCAAACAAUCGAAUCACAGUUGACAGACGUUCCCUGGAUAUGGCCGGGAGAUCCGACAUCUCUGCUAAUUAAUGGACAAAGUGGAACAGCUCCUAACGCUUCUAAUCCAGGUCCGUCUGACCCUUCAUGUCAACCUUGGAUCAUGAAUGUCGAGACCAACAAGACGUAUCGAGUGCGCCUCAUUGGCAGCACUGCCUUGUCUCUGGUGCUAUUUGGCUUGGAACAUCACGACAAUCUGACCAUCAUCGAAACGGACAACUCCUACGUCUAUCCCGUAGAGACGUCGUAUAUGCAGAUCGACACAGGUCAGAGGUUCAGUUUCUUGUUGAAGACGAAAUCGCAAAGUGAAUUGGAUUGUUUGAAUGGACAGACGAGAUUCUGGAUCCAGUUUGAGACUCGAGAAGGUCAGAGAACGGUUUUUGCAUGGGCUAUUCUCAAUUAUGCCGACACGAACAUUCCGACGCGGCAAGGAUUAGAGCAUAGCGAGCCGGGGGACCGUCGCGAUCCAGCCUCAAACUCAUCAUGUCCGGGUUCCCUCCCUCCGGCACCAAUCCUUGACCUACCCGCCAACGUAACAGGUUGGCUCGAGUAUGCUUUUCAAAAUCCUCCCUUGGCAGGCUACGAAGCUCCCCCUAAUGCAACGGAAGUGACUCGCCGCAUCAUCAUCUCAACCUCACAAUUCCUCAAUAACUCCUCCGGCUACACAGUGAUGCUCUCCAACAACGAAUACUGGACCGAUACCGCUCCCCUAGGACCAACAACGAACACGCCGUACCUCGUUGAGAUUCUUCAAAACGGGACCAUCAAUGGUGUCACUCCAGACUACGGCCGUGCAAUCGCCAACGGGGCCUUUGAUCCUCUCUCACAGAUGUAUCCAGCCCGAAUCGGUGAGGUCCUUGAAAUUGUAUGGCAGAAUGCUGCUUCAUACCCAGCGGGGAUCUACGGUCUGCAUCCCAUGCAUGCUCACGGUGGACCCUAUUGGGACCUGGGUUCUGGCUCAGGAGAAUACUCACCGGAAGCUCACGCGGUACUGCUGGAAUCCUAUUCAGCGGGCAAUGGCCCUUACCCCGGCUCGCGGCGUGACACGACCUUGUUAUAUAAAUAUACUUUGCAGGCCCCUCAGCCUGGGGAGGUGAAUGGCUGGCGAGUAUGGCGCAUACGCAUCACUGAGAGGAAUAUUGGCGUGUGGAUGAUGCACUGUCAUAUCCUGCAGCAUAUCGUAAUGGGCCAGCAGACGGUGUGGGUGUUCGGGACGCCGGAGGAGAUCAGAGCGAAUUCGAUACCUGUACAAGGCAAUUUGGAGGGAUAUUUUACCUAUGGCGGGGAUGUUAUGGGCAAAGCUGGAGAGGAAGAGGCGGGGAUUGAUAUUCUGCAAUUCUUCAGGGAUGGAUGA